CACAUGAAUUAAAAUGUCCUCUAAGUGUCCGUUGUUCUCACGCGACCAGUUGCAAAAUUUACAAACACGUCUAAAACGAUCGUGCCCAUUCCCAGUCGAGGUAUCGUCAAGAAAUAUAUAUAAUAAACAUAUCCAGACACGAUUUUCAGUUCCAUUUCAUUGGAGAAGCAUCAAGAAGCAAGUCUCCUAGCAGCAAAUCGCCUGUCGUCGGUAGCGCCCGCGAGAUGGAAAAUCUAAUGGUAUUGGAUGGCGACUCGGAAGCUCAACUAUAUCAACGUUUAAAGCCUUCUAAAGAACUUGAGAAAAUAAUCGCGCUGUAUGCUGUAGAGUACCACAAGGAAGAAGUGAUCGAAACGUACCUGGACUUCCUGCGUGCUGGUGCCCAGAUAAUAAGAACUAACACGUACCGACUAUCAGACUAUACAAUUGAGAAAUACUUUAAACCCGAAAGUUCCCAGUUUUACACGGAACUGAUGGAAAAAUCUGUGAAGUUGGCACGUGCAGCCGUGACUAAGUAUCUUGAAGAGAAACGUAAGGACCCCAAAUAUUCCGAACUUUUUGAUCGAUGUGAAAUUUUAGUAGCUGGCUGCUGCGGCAGUAGCGUUGUUUCAGAAUGUGUUGACAAAUAUGAGCUGACUUUAAAAGACACACAGAUCGCAGCGCAAUUAAUAUAUUUUCACCAUAAUGAUCGCGUAAUCGAGCUGGUGAAGUACGGCGUCGAUAUAUUGACAUUCGAAUCUAUACCUUCUUUGGUCGAGACAGAUAUAAUUAUCUCAAUAAUGAAAAGACAUCAUCCCAUACGCGGUUGGAUCACAUUCUUAUGCAGAGCGGACGGGAAACUAUUGGACGGAAAUACCUUAGAAACAGUAGCUAUGCGCUGUUAUGACGCGUUGGGUCAUCAAAUUAUCGCGAUCGGAGCCGAGUGUCCCGUUCCAGAUGUAAUGAAAUCCAUAGUGCUGGAUAUUGGCAUACUCAAACUUUCACACGAAGUACAGGUUCCGUUUGUACUUUAUAUCGACAAGGUUCAUUUGCCUAUCACGGAAAACAAAGAAGCAUCGAACUCGCUAAUGAGCGAUUAUGUGGACGAAUGGUUGGAUCACGGAAUACGUUACAUCGGUGGUGGUAUCAAUACACGCCCAGAGGACGUAGCAUUGAUCCGCAAACAAGUGGACGAUUAUCGAAUUUUUUCGCAGAGGCCCUUUACUACCCUCCGGCCAAGUUCUUACAAAACAACGAAGAAACAAUCAAAGCUGUGAUUAUAAUAACUUCAUUGUACCAGCAUACAUGUGAUAUAUGUUGCCAUAUAGAUUCCACAACCUAUUGGUUGUCCAAACAUAUAAAAUAGUCCAAACAUCUUCCGAACCUGUUUGUUUAAUAACAGAUCGCACAAUAGCAGAUCGUCCAAAUGUCCUUUAGAUCCUCACGCGAUUGGAGAGAUACGUCACAUACGUGACGUCCACGUCACGAUUGAAACGAGCAAAUUCGUAUCAAGCAGAAUACCGUGACGCGAAGAAUCGUGACACAUCGAUUUUCACCGGCACGAUUUUCAGUUACGUUUCAUCCUUCAACGAGAACGCUCGACAGAAACACCUUAUACCUGCUGAACGAAGCAGAAGCGACACUGGAGCCGCGUACCGCAUUCGUACAUCAUGUGUACCCGUAAUGAUGUAAUACAAAAGUUUUCCGCCGAUGUUGUCCCCGCGAUGGACAAGGUAAUAGUGUUGGAUGGCGCUUUGG